AAAAACAAAAAUAAAAUAGAAAGAAGAAUUUAUAUACUCAGAACACUCAAGGAAGCAGUGAAGAGAAAGACAAUAAAAUUGACUCUUCCAAUUAAUGCGACGCCGUUUCUGCUGCUCUGCACUUCUGAAACCGACGUCGUUUCUCUCCCCCGUUCAUUCUCUUUCUUCUUCUCGCUAGCUCUCUCGGAAUAAUUCAGCUCUUACUGGGUUGUUGAACAUAAUUUUAGAUUGUCAGACUAAGCUGACAACAUUGGUACAGAGUGAAAUCUGUGUUCAGUGUAUUUAUAUAUGCAUUAAGGUUGUGAGAUUCUAUGCUUUCUUCAUUACAAUUCGGGGCGUUGGACGUAGAUGGAUGUUUCCUCAGUCGAGUCACAUUCUGAAAGUCUAACUGACACUUAUCCUUUGUUAAUGGAGCGACCCGGCAGUGUUAAUAGUAGUAGCGAACACGUUAUUGAUAUACCACAUAGCAGUGAUACUUCUCCAUCGACGUCUCAUGAUAGAACUUCAAGUGGUUUGGAAGCCUCUACAAAUGAGGACAGACCUAGUACAACUGGUGGGAGAACACAACCGCCGCCUAUUUCUCAUCCUUCUGCUGUUUCGUCUAAUAACGGAUCAAAUACUCGUAAUUCAUCUUUGAUUAGGAGAAACGAAACUCGUCGACGCAGGAGUCCUUUAAACUCUGGUUUAUGGAUUUCUGUUGAGCUGGUUCUUACCGUAAGCCAGAUUGUUGCUUCCAUUAUUGUACUGUCUUUGUCAAGGCACGAACAUCCCCGAGCACCAUUAUUUGCUUGGAUUGUUGGUUAUGCAUCAGGGUGUAUUGCGACUCUUCCUCUUCUUUAUUGGCGUUACCGUCAUCGUAAUCAAGUUACAGAACAAGAGGCAGCUCAACCUCGUCAGGGUUCGCAACACUUCAGUAUUCCUGGAGAGUCCAUAUCCAUUUCAAUCACCAGAAACUCAGAAGCAGCAGAUCGUCGAUCAUCUACCACUUCACCUAGAAGUAGUCAAAAUGCUGGAGCAGUGAAUGCAAGACUCAAGACUCUGGUUGAAUACUUCAAAAUGGGUUUGGAUUGCUUUUUUGCAGUUUGGUUUGUUGUCGGCAAUGUGUGGAUCUUUGGUGGGCAUUCAUCUGCAAGUGAGGCUCCCAACAUGUAUAGGUUAUGCAUAGUGUUUCUGACUAUUAGUUGUAUCGGUUAUGCUAUGCCCUUCAUUCUCUGUGCCACGAUUUGUUGUUGUUUGCCUUGUAUUAUAUCUCUUCUUGGGUUUAGAGAGGAUCUGGGACAGACCAGAGGAGCCACUUCUGAAUCAAUUGAUGCCUUACCAACAUACAAAUUUAAGUUGAAUAAACAUAGAAAUAGUGAUGAUAGAGAUGGCAACUCAGGUGCCAGUGAUGGAGGAACUGUGGCUGCAGGUACAGAACGCGAGCGUAACAUCUCAGGAGAAGAUGCGGUUUGUUGCAUUUGUCUGGCGAAGUAUGCAAAUAACGAUGAAUUGAGGGAGUUACCAUGUUCUCAUUUUUUCCACAAAGAAUGUGUCGACAAGUGGCUGAAGAUCAAUGCUUCAUGUCCUCUUUGCAAGACGGAGGUCGGAGAAAGUAUCAUGGGUUCGCUGUCAGGGUCAAAUUCUGUCCAACGACGGGUUGAAGGUAGAGUUGGUAAUGGCUUGGCGAGUACCAUGUUUUAAAUUCAUCACAGAUAGGAGUAAGGUUUAUAUAUAUUUAUACGUAACGACCUAUUCGACAUUUUGUAAAGUGCUAUUUUUUUCGCCUCUACAUAUCUCAUGAUCGAUAAAUUUCUGUAAAACAAUACGAUCUUUUCGUUUUACAGGUGCUGUUUUACUUGCCAAA